AUGGAGCCUGGGGCGGCCGAGCUGUACGAUCAGGCCCUGCUGGGCAUCUUGCAGCAUGUGGGCAACGUUCAGGACUUUCUGCGUGUGCUCUUCGGCUUCCUCUACCGCAAAACGGACUUCUACCGCCUGCUGCGCCACCCGUCGGACCGCAUGGGCUUUCCCCCGGGGGCCGCGCAGGCGCUGGUGCUGCAGGUAUUCAAAAGUUUCGACCACAUGGCCCGUCAGGAUGACGAAAAGAGGAGAAAAGACCUAGAGGAGGAAAUCAGGAGGAAGGAAGAAGAGGAGGCCAUGGCGGCGGCAGCUGCCACAGCGGAGCAGGGGCCAGUCCCGGCCCCGGUUCAGGAGGUGGAGGUAGACUCCACUGCAGACUCAGGUGGGCCUCAGGAGCCCCUAGGCCCACAGGGCGCCGUGCAGGAAGUGGCUGUCGGCUCUGGGGAGGCAGAGCCGCCGGGAGCAGAUGCUGGUGCUGCUGAAGUCCCCAAGGAACCACCAUCUCUUCCCAAGAGACAGGAGCAGUUCCAGAGAAACCCCGACAGCUACAACGGUGCUGUGCGUGAGAACUACACCUGGUCCCAGGACUACACUGACCUAGAGCUCAAGGUGCCGGUGCCCAGGCACGUGGUGAAGGGCAAGCAGGUCUCGGUGACCCUCAGCAGCACCUCCAUCCGGGUGGCUGUGCUGGAGGAAAAUGGGGAGCGUGUCCUCAUGGAAGGGAAGUUCACCCACAAGAUCAACACCGAGAGCUCCCUCUGGAGCCUCGAACCUGGGAAGUGUGUCUUGGUGAGCCUGAACAAGGUGGGCGAGUAUUGGUGGAGUGCCAUCCUGGAGGGCGAGGAGCAGAUUGACAUCGACAAGAUCAACAAGGAGCGCUCCAUGGCCACGGUGGACGAGGAGGAGCACGCCGUUCUGGACAGGCUCACCUUCGACUAUCACCAGAAGCUGCAGGGCAAGCCGCAGAGCCAUGAGCUGAAAGUCCAUGAGAUGCUGAAGAAGGGGUGGGAUGCUGAAGGCUCUCCCUUCCGAGGCCAGCGAUUCGACCCGGCCAUGUUCAACAUCUCCCCAGGGGCUGUGCAGUUUUAA